AUGGCUAAAUGGGGUGAAGGUGAUCCCAGAUGGAUCGUAGAGGAGCGACCUGACGCUACAAAUGUUAACAACUGGCAUUGGACGGAGAAAAACGCAGGUCCAUGGUCAAAGGAACGACUAAAAGAACUGCUAACAAAUUUUGUAAUAGCUAAGAAUGGUGUGGACUGUAAGGUACUAGAAGUGAAGAAGAUUGAGGGUGAAGCGUCAGCUAAUAACAGGAAAGGAAAGUUAAUAUUUUUCUAUGAAUGGGACAUCAAUUUGAAGUGGGAAGGUAUCCUGGCCGGUGGCAAGGAGCCAGUGAAGGGAGAAGUGCAAAUACCGAAUUUAUCAGAGGAGAAUGAUGUCAAUGAAGUAGAUAUCUCAGUCACAAUACAAGGCAGUGGUGAUGAAGCCCAAAGGGUGAAGGCAUUCAUGCACAAUGUUGGUCGCGAUGAAAUCCGAAAACAGUUAAGCGAAUACAUCCGUAGUCUAAAAGAAGAGUUCUCCAAAGGCCUCAUUUUACCUAAAAAGGGCGAAGCUACUGUCAAACCGGAUAAUGUUUCAAUGAUUACGAGCGGUUUCAACAAGAAGGUUAGCAUGGAGCCAAUUAUAGCGCCACCGAAAAAGCAAGUUGGAUGCAAAAUAGAAACAAAAUCAAUUGAAAUCUCAGAGAAGUUCCAAUGUCGGGCGCGGGAGUUUUAUGAUGCAUUGACUCGGAUAGAAAUGGUUACUGCAUUCACACAGGGUCAUGUCAAAAUGGAAGUGGAAAAAGGUGGCAAAUUUGCACUGUUUGGUGGCAACAUAACUGGGGAGUUCAGAGAACUGUCGCCUCCCAACAAGAUAGUCCAAUAUUGGAGAUACAAACAAUGGCCUGAGCAGCAUUAUUCUGAAGUUACCUUCAAUAUUGAAGAAAAGGAGGACCACACGCUGGUGACGGUGCGGCAGGAGCUGGUGCCGGCGCCGGAGCUGGAGCAGACGCGCGACAACUGGCGCCGCUACUACUUCGACAGCAUCAAGCGCGCCUUUGGCUUCGGCGCCUUCCUCUGA